UUGGAGUCGCCGUGCGUUCGGUAGGCGGGACUCGGACACCCUUCGCAUCCCACUUUUGAGAAGAUUACGGGGAUAAUUUAGAGUGAAACACAUGACAGUGCCGCUGUUUGGAGGGGAGGCGGACGGAAGAAGAGGGACAGAGGCAGGACGAGGCGACAGACACGGAGUCGAGGCAGAGACGAGCACCGAGCGAAGGCGAGACCUGUGUGGAGAUAUUUGGAGUUUGAGGGGGAUUCUGAUAACAUUACUUCUCUGAUUCCAGCAUCAAAAUAAAAGCUUUACUCCCUGAGAAUUUCACAAGCACUGGCACAGACUCAUACGUCAACACAUUUCAACAGACUCUUUAUCACUUACAAACCAAGAUACCAGAGCAGACAUGAGUGAAGAUAACCCAGCUGAGACUGUGGAAACAGCUCCUGCUGAGUCCAACGCCAUCCCGAAUGGAAAAGGCCAUGAGCCCGGGGAGGAGAUCACAGCAUCAGCAAAAACACCACCAGCAGAGGAUGCUGAAAAUUUGGAGCGCAACAGCAGAACAUCACCGGAAACUGUGCCAAAUAGUGCCCAGAAUGAUAGUUCACACAGACCUGAGAAUACAGAAGCUAACCUCCCAGAGGGCCAGGAGUUCUUAUCAAGUGUGGAGGACAAGAAGACCCCACGGUUUACAGACUUUGAAGGAAAAACCUCAUUUGGGAUGUCUGUCUUCAACCUGGGUAAUGCAAUCAUGGGGAGCGGGAUCCUUGGGCUGGCCUACGCCAUGGCCAACACGGGCGUCGUCCUAUUUCUGGUACUCCUAACAGUGGUGGCUGUCCUUUCCUCAUAUUCCAUCCAUUUACUGCUAAAGUCAUCUGGUAUUGUAGGUAUCCGUGCAUAUGAGCAGCUUGGCUACAGAGCCUUCGGGACUCCAGGGAAGAUGGCGGCAGGUAUUGCGAUCACCCUGCAGAACAUUGGAGCCAUGUCCAGUUACCUGUAUAUAGUGAAGUACGAGUUUCCCCUGGUCAUCCAGGCCUUUCUGAUGGUGGAUAAACCUGCAGGUGAAUGGUACCUGAAUGGGAACUACCUCGUGAUCAUAGUGUCUAUUGCAGUCAUAUUACCACUGGCUCUCAUGAAACAGCUAGGAUACCUGGGAUACACCAGUGGCUUCUCCCUGAGCUGCAUGGUUUUCUUCCUCAUUUCGGUCAUCUACAAGAAGUUUAACGUCCCAUGUCCCUUUGUGGACUUUGCAAUAAACGGCACUGCCACUGGGCUGAAUGUCAGUGCUACAGAUCCUAGAGGGGAGCCUGACCCUGCCUGUAUCCCCAAAAUGGCCAACCUCAACUCACAAACGGCCUACACCAUCCCCAUCCUGGCGUUCGCCUUUGUGUGCCACCCUGAGGUCCUGCCCAUCUACACAGAGCUGCGCAAUCCCACCAAGAAAAAGAUGCAGCAUGUGGCCAACAUCUCCAUUGCAGUCAUGUACAUCAUGUACUUCCUGGCUGCCCUUUUUGGAUACCUAACUUUCUAUGGCCAGGUGGAAUCAGAGCUGCUUCACACCUACAGCCGCAUUGACCCAUAUGACACUUUGAUUUUGUGUGUGCGUGUGGCUGUGCUCACCGCCGUCACGCUCACUGUGCCCAUUGUACUGUUCCCUGUACGGAGGGCGAUCCAGCAGAUGAUGUUUCCAAACAAGACGUUCAACUGGCCCCGUCACAUCUUGAUCGCCAUCAGUUUGCUCACCUUCAUCAACCUGCUGGUCAUCUUUGCCCCCGACAUUCUAGGCAUCUUUGGGAUCAUUGGUGCCACAUCUGCCCCUUGUCUCAUCUUCAUCUUCCCUGCAGUCUUCUACAUUCGUAUCGUACCCAAAGAAGAUGAGCCACUGCGCUCUGUCCCCAAAAUCCUGGCGGCCUGUUUUGCUGGGAUUGGCUUCCUGUUUAUGAUCAUGAGUCUCAGCUUUAUCAUCAUCGACUGGACAUCGGGUACCAGCAAAGCCAGCAGUGGUCACUAGGCGCCACUUUCUGCUUCUUCUCUGUUUUUAUAUUGUAGAUUCACAUCCGUGUUGUUAUGUUACAGUUUUUACUUCAAACAAUGUUUUAUGUUGGAGAUGUCCUAUCCAUUUCUGUUGGUGAAUACUGGCCACAGAAGAGGUGUGUAGAGUUAAGGAUGGCUCUCUAUUUCUGUGCAAAAGCCUCAUCCUGCCAUGCAAUUAAUGCAAACCAGAUUUUAUAGAUUUUAUUUUUGGGGGAAAGCUGAUAAUAAAUGGACAAAAUAGGCCAGGUGCAUGAAGAGUAAAACUAAUAUUUGGAGGCUGUGCCUUGUGAGAUGGAUGUAAUAAAACAGAAAAGCAACAAUUUAAAAAAGCUGCUGUCUUCAUACGCCUGUCUUCGUGUUGGCUCUGAGCCUCUGCCAACAAUUUAUGAUCUGCUUACUACUCCUCAGAUUAUAAAACACAAUCUGAGGCCCCUCCCUCUUAACUGGUGAAGACCAGAAGUUUAUUGAAUCAUAGAUAAUACUUUAUGGUUUUUAUUUCUUCUUAUAUUAUUCUAAGUUAUUUGAAUAGCUACAGAGGAAAUGAUAGCACAACUCAUUGCACAUGAGAAAAGAUAAGGUAGAGGAUUAGUUUGACAUUUUUAGGAAAUAUUCCUCCCUGCUUUGUGCAGAGUUGGAUGAGAAGAUCAAACUUAAUGUCUGUACUGUAAAUUUAAAGCUACAGCUGCAGCUGAUGGAGCUCAUCUUAGCUUUAAAGACAGUAAAAUGUUGAACUAUUCCUUUAACAUAUGCAGCCUUUAGCUCCUAUUCCACUGAAAUGUGCUGCUGCUGUGAGCAAAGGUCAAAUCCACGCAGAGAUGUGGUGUAGUGUUGUGAGCACAUUUAAAGUAACAUUCCUAUACAGUAUGAACUAGAUGUAUUUUUUUAUGAUGAUUAAUCACUACCUUAUGAAAACCUCAGAAGAUGCAGUAGGGACUGAUGAAAUAAUCCACACAAAAUCUUUCCGAGGGCAUGAAAAGAAGAGAGGCAGGAACUGUUUAAAGUAGUUCUUGGAUGUCCAGAUAACCGCAUAAGAGCCUGUAUUAUUCAGUGUUUUUUUAUAUUAAGUAUUACUGUGUAGUUGACAGUGAUAAAUGGUACUCAAGACCUCAUAAGUUGGAUUGUUCUGAUCAAAGUGAUAUAUGAAAUUGAAAGUUACUGCUCAGUGUUCUUAAUCUUCAAGCAGGGAUGAUUUGUUUUGCCGGAAGGAUUUGAUGUGUUGUUUCUGAACAUUUACUGGAAGUAAACAGAGAUAACCAAAACAUGUAUAAAAAAACAGGGUCACUUUGCCAAGUGGUGAGAAACAUUUUGAUGUCUGUAAAUAUUUCCAGCACAAGUUUGAUCCCUCACAGAAACGUCAGACAUGGGAUUAUUGUGUUCGUUAACAAUCUUGAAAAGCUGGUGUUUAGCAAUAGCACUUUCUUUAAAAGCACAACUUCUUGUAGCCAGUAAUACGCUCAGAUGCAAGCAAAUGAUUUUUGAGAAAUUCACCUAUUUUAUAAAUGAUUUAAGGGCAUGCCCCUUUAUGUAACAUUGAUAAACAGAUCAGUCUAAUGUAGAGUAUGAAAAACUAUCGAUGUAUUGAUGGUAACAAAUGGAUGUCUUCUCAAACACUACUUGAAUUAAUGUCAGUUAGCCUUUCUGUGAGCCUCUGUGAUCAUUAAUUUCCUCCUCUGGUCCAUUCUGUAGAUAAAAAUCCCCCUAAUUACUUGGAUGUAAUGUUGGAGGUUUAAAGUGUCAGUGUUGUUUAACAAAAGAAGACAUGUCUCCACUGUAUUUGAAGUGAAUUUGUGUUGUUAAACCUGGACCUGUACUCUUGAGUAUUCAACUCCAACUAUUGGUGGAUUAACAGCUGUUUUAAACUUCAUGUUUAAUGUUUUUUUGUGGCAUAUCAAUUGGUUCAGUGAAUAAAGGCAGGUUAUAAUGCCUGCAAGUAUUUUUCUUUUUUGUUAAAUUUAUCUGUUAAAGUCAGUGAUGUGUAAUCAGUGGUGUAAUUUUGGUCACUACUGACUUCCUUGCUGCUUCUCAGCAGAUAAUAAUCCACUAACAUGGAGUUGUAAGUGAGCUGGUGUACUUGCCUACAUUUCAUAAACUCUUACACCAGACUACAGUGAGUGCUGCAGUGUUGUCUUGUCAAGUUGUUACACAACAACCCAUCGUUCUGUUCUAUAGAUAUUACAUUGUUUAAUGUGUCUGUAUGCAGAGGGAAAAUCUAGAUCAGCCACUAUGCAUGUAGUGUGGUUUAACCAAUGCAAGCUAGAGAUUUUCUUUGUAUGUAUGAGGAAGCCUUUUGGUAAAUGAAGUGAGUGUCAUUAACAGUUUCCAAUGGUGCACAACACAUUAAACUUAUAAAUAUCCCACAAAAUGAAAAAGUUACUAAAGAAGAAGUGUGGUUAGUGGCUGACAGAAGAUGAGGACCUCUAUAGAUCUCACUGUUGUAAGUCUCCCUCUUUGUGUGAUUAAUUGAAAUGUGUAUGAUUGAAUAGUAACAUAUUAAAUAUUGACAUUGGCCAGCAUUUAUAAAUAAUGUAUAUAAAUGUAUACCCUUUAUAUUAUAUAUGCAUAUCUAGUUUGUACAAUGUAAAUAGAAAUUAAAGUUUUAGUCUGAUUAAAAAUAUAAAUGUAAUCAUUUUCAAAGUGCUUUUAAACCUUUUUGUCCUUUGAUUCAUGUCUAUUUUCUUGUAUCUCUAUAUAUUUUAAUAUGUUGCUGGCAGUUAUUGUACUGUAAACAAUGUUGCAAUA